AUGGAGUCGCUCCUGCUGCCGGUGUUGCUGCUGCUGGCCGUACUGUGGACGCAGGCGGCCGCCCUCAUUAACCUGAAGUACUCGGUAGAGGAGGAACAGCGCGCCGGGACGGUGAUAGCCAAUGUGGCCAAGGACGCGCGCGAGGCAGGCUUCGCGCUGGACCCACGGCAGGCCUCUGCCUUCCGCGUGGUGUCCAACUCGGCUCCGCACCUAGUGGACAUCAACCCCAGCUCAGGCCUGCUAGUCACCAAGCAGAAGAUCGACCGUGACCUGCUGUGCCGUCAGAGCCCCAAGUGCAUCAUCUCGCUCGAGGUCAUGUCCAGCUCUAUGGAAAUCUGCGUGAUUAAAGUGGAGAUCAAGGACCUGAACGACAAUGCGCCCAGUUUCCCGGCAGCACAGAUCGAGUUGGAAAUCUCAGAGGCGGCUAGCCCCGGCACACGCAUCCCGCUGGACAGCGCCUAUGACCCAGACUCAGGCAGUUUCGGUGUGCAAACGUACGAGCUCACGCCCAACGAGCUCUUUGGCCUGGAUAUCAAGACGCGCGGCGACGGCUCCCGAUUUGCUGAACUUGUAGUGGAGAAAAGCCUGGACCGAGAGACGCAGUCGCACUAUAGCUUUCGCAUCACUGCUCUAGACGGCGGCGACCCACCACGCCUCGGCACAGUGGGCCUCAGCAUUAAGGUGACCGAUUCUAAUGACAACAACCCGGUGUUUGGCGAGUCCACCUAUGCAGUGAGUGUGCCUGAAAACUCACCUCCCAACACACCUGUCAUCCGCCUCAACGCCAGCGACCCAGAUGAGGGCACCAACGGCCAAGUGGUCUACUCCUUCUAUGGCUACGUCAAUGACCGCACUCGCGAGCUCUUUCAGAUCGACCCGCACAGCGGCCUCAUCACUGUCACUGGCGCCCUAGACUAUGAAGAGGGCCACGUGUACGAGCUGGACGUGCAGGCCAAGGACCUAGGACCCAACUCCAUCCCGGCACACUGCAAGGUCACUGUCAGCGUGCUGGACACCAACGACAACCCGCCCGUCAUCAACCUGCUGUCGGUCAACAGCGAGCUGGUGGAGGUGAGCGAGAGCGCCCCCCCGGGCUACGUGAUUGCACUGGUGCGGGUGUCUGAUCGCGACUCAGGCCUAAACGGGCGAGUGCAGUGCCGUUUGCUGGGCAAUGUGCCCUUUCGGCUGCAGGAGUAUGAGAGCUUCUCCACUAUCCUGGUGGACGGACGGCUGGACCGGGAGCAGCACGAUCAGUACAACCUCACGAUCCAGGCGCGGGACGGCGGCGUGCCUAUGCUGCAGAGUGCCAAAUCCUUCACAGUGCGCAUCACAGAUGAGAACGACAACCAUCCUCACUUCUCCAAGCCCUACUACCAGGUUAUUGUUCAGGAGAACAACACGCCCGGUGCCUAUCUCCUCUCUGUGUCAGCCCGCGACCCCGACCUGGGUCUCAAUGGCAGUGUUUCCUAUCAGAUUGUGCCAUCGCAGGUGCGGGACAUGCCUGUCUUCACCUAUGUUUCCAUCAACCCCAACUCGGGCGACAUCUACGCGCUGCGCUCCUUCAACCACGAGCAGACCAAAGCAUUCGAAUUCAAGGUGCUGGCCAAGGACGGCGGCCUGCCCUCGCUGCAGAGCAAUGCCACGGUGCGGGUCAUCAUCCUCGACGUCAACGACAAUACCCCGGUCAUCACAGCCCCGCCCCUGAUCAAUGGCACAGCUGAAGUCUACAUCCCCCGAAACUCCGGCAUAGGCUACCUGGUGACCGUUGUCAAGGCAGACGACUAUGACGAGGGUGAGAAUGGCCGAGUCACCUACGACAUGACCGAGGGUGACCGCGGAUUCUUUGAAAUAGAUCAGGUCAAUGGCGAAGUCAGAACCACUCGCACCUUUGGCGAAAGCUCCAAGGCGUCCUAUGAGCUUAUUGUGGUCGCUCACGACCAUGGCAAGACCUCGCUCUCUGCCUCUGCGCUUAUCCUAAUCUACCUGUCUCCUGCUCUCGACGCCCAAGAGUCAAUGGGCUCUGUGAACUUGUCCCUGAUUUUCAUCAUCGCCCUGGGCUCCAUUGCAGGCAUCCUCUUUGUCACUAUGAUCUUCGUGGCGAUCAAGUGCAAGAGAGACAACAAAGAGAUCCGGACCUACAACUGCAGAAUCGCUGAGUACUCCUAUGGGCAUCAAAAGAAAUCAAGCAAGAAGAAAAAAAUCAGUAAGAAUGACAUCCGUCUGGUACCCCGGGAUGUGGAGGAGACAGACAAGAUGAACGUUGUCAGUUGCUCCUCCCUGACCUCGUCCCUCAACUAUUUCGACUACCACCAGCAGACGCUGCCCCUGGGCUGCCGCCGCUCUGAGAGCACUUUUCUGAAUGUGGAGAACCAGAAUACCCGCAAUACCAGCGCUAACCACAUCUACCAUCACUCUUUCAACAGCCAGGGUCCCCAGCAGCCAGACCUGAUCAUCAACGGUGUGCCUCUGCCUGAGACUGAAAACUAUUCUUUUGACUCCAACUACGUGAACAGCCGAGCCCAUUUAAUCAAAAGCAGCUCUACCUUCAAGGACUUAGAGGGCAACAGCCUGAAGGAUAGCGGACAUGAGGAGAGUGACCAGACUGACAGUGAACAUGAUGUCCAGCGGAGCCUGUAUUGUGAUACUGCUGUCAAUGAUGUGCUGAACACCAGCGUGACCUCCAUGGGAUCUCAAAUGCCUGAUCAUGAUCAGAAUGAAGGAUUUCAUUGCAGGGAAGAAUGCCGCAUUCUUGGCCACUCUGAUAGGUGCUGGAUGCCCCGGAACCCCAUGCCCACCCGCUCCAAGUCUCCUGAGCACGUGAGGAACAUCAUCGCCCUGUCCAUUGAAGCUACUGCUGCAGAUGUUGAGGCUUAUGACGACUGCGGACCCACUAAGCGGACUUUUGCAACCUUUGGGAAAGAUGUCAGCGACCGUCCGGCUGAGGAGAGGCCCACCCUGAAAGGCAAGCGGACUGUUGAUGUGACCAUCUGCAGCCCCAAGGUCAAUAGCGCUAUUCGGGAGGCGGGGAAUGGCUGUGAGGCAAUCAGGCCCGUUACCUCCCCCCUCCACCUGAAGAGCCCUCUGCCUACCAAGCCUUCUGUGGCUUACACCGUUGCCCUGGCUCCUCCAACCCGUGAUCUGGAGCAGUAUGUCAACAAUGUCAGCAACCCUUCUCGUCCUUCUGAAGCUGAGCCCCGUGGAGCUGACAGCGAGAAGGUCGUGCAUGAAGUCAAUCCCAUUCUGAAGGAGGGUCGCGACAAAGAGUCUCCUGGUGUGAAGCGUCUGAAGGAUAUAGUUCUCUAAACCAAUCUCGAGAAAGAAGAGAAAGAAACCAUGCUGGCUAGUGAAAAAGGAGCUGAUCGUUUUAAUUGCUCACCAAUGGUUGGUUCUUGAGCGGCUGUAUUUCAGAGCUUUCUCUAAAUGUAUUGUUUAUAAAUGACUAUCAUUCUGUGACAAUCCCUCUCGUUUCAACAGGCAGCAGGGGUGUUCAGUUGGAGCAAAUUAGCUUUGGCUUGAGUUGUUAAUGGGGCCUUGAUGUUGGGGAAACAGAGACAAAUUCAGUUGUGAAAAGUAUUAUGUAUUAAGUGUUUGAAUUUAUAUAUUUUUCUAUGUCAAAAUUAUAAUAUAAAUUACCAUUGUUUGUGAAGGAUUACAUUUAAAAAA